AUGGAGGAUAACAUCAGGGACGAACCGGGCUUCGUCUCGCGCCUCUUCUCUUCACUGGAAGUGAAAUAUCAAUACUACCUGGACAAGCUUACUCCACAUACUGGCGUACGAUGGGUAUUGGCCGUGUUGACCGUAUUCGCGUUUUGCCUGAGGAUCUUUUACCUACAGGGCUUCUACAUAGUGACGUAUGCACUUUUCAUCUACUACCUCAAUAUGUUGUUGCUCUUCCUGACGCCGUCUAUUGAUCCGGCUUUGGAACUUGACGAUGAUGAGGAUGGCCCGAUGUUGCCGUCCAGGAACAACGAUGAAUUCCGGCCGUUUAUGCGCCGUUUGCCGGAGUUUAAGUUCUGGCUCUCCAUGAUGAAAUCUACCAUGAUCGGGUUUUUCUGCACGUUCUUCGAGGUGUUUGACGUGCCUGUUUUCUGGCCAAUCCUCGUCAUGUAUUUCUUCAUCCUCUUCUUCCUGACGAUGAAGCGUCAAAUCUUGCACAUGAUCAAGUACCGAUACAUUCCAUUCACGACGGGAAAGCCGCGACGGGCUGGAAAGGAGGAUACGGGCAAAGUUGUGUUGGGU